AUGAAUGCAGAGCUGGGGUCUCACUCAGGCGACCGGAAGACGGCGACGAACAUAGUCGCCACUGCACCAGAAAUUUGGAUACAAGACUCGGAACCAUACGAGAACGCUGACCGCCUUGCCCAGCAAAUACUCGAGACCGCCACCAUCUACUUGAUAGAACGGACUCAAGACGCAUGCACUCGAGAGGCCUUCCGGAGUGCUGCAGAGCUGCAGGCCAGAUUAGACGCAGGCAAAAUAACAGACAGCCAGCGCCUGAUCGUGGUACACGGGUUGCCCCUGAAUUAUGUUGAAGUUCUCCGCGGCGAGCUAGAUAUUGACGCCGAGUUCAUUGAAGCCCAUGCGAGAAGGCGGAGUUACCGUCCGUCGAGGCGGGCGGCAAAGAUUCGGAGUGUCAGCUUUGACUAUCCCGAGCUUGUCACGAGUACGGGAUUGCAACCGACAGUGUCGAACGAAGGACGGCGGCUCUCAGAUACGGCAGAAGCCGAUGUAAUGGGAAAUGCGCCAAAGUGUGCCAUAUCCAAAUCAGGCGAUGAGGCUGUAUUCUGCCGCGCUUCGCUGUGGAUUAGCGAGACGACAAACGUCCUGUUUUUGGAUCGGCCAUUGUGGAGAGAGCCUUCAUCACUGAUCGUCAAAGCGCGACAGCCAUUUUCCGUGACUAGACCUUGCGAAUGCACAUCGAGUAAGCAGCGUGCCUGGCAUCUCGAUUUCGUACCUGGUGGCAAGGACGUCGAUAGCUUGCAGCAUCGCCUCUGGGACGCCUUAGGCGAAGAGAUAUUGCCAAGAGCCAAUCUUGUUGAAUGUCUCUCCAGAAUCGCUUUCGACCACUGGAUCGAGCUCCUCGAAGUGGUGUCUUUCGAGACACAGCGUGGCUCGUCUGACCUGCCCGCCUUAUUCUGGCAAAUGCAGCGCUCUCUCGAAUCGAAUCUGUAUGCUUGCAGCUUCUGGGAAACGUCGAGUGCUCUACGAGACUACGCACAGCCUGACUGGAAAGCACUGCUUGACCGAGUAGAAAGGACGGCGAAGCUGAUGAUUCAACUAAAUCCAACCGUCACCACAGUUAGAGUUCCUAUGCGAGACUUGAAAACGCCAAAGCAACCAAAAAAGGGAGACAGCACCGAGAAAUAUGGGAGCUCGGAUUCCAAAGCGAAUCAACAAAGUUUGGAUCGCGUGAGCUAUUUGGGCGGCAUCUUGCUCCCGAUCUCUAUUGUCUCCGGCAUUCUGUCGAUGGGUGACACCUUUGGUCCAUACGGAGACAAAUUCUUCGUAUUUUGGGCCGUGGCAAUGCCGCUAACGCUUCUCACGCUGCUCAUUAUCUACGCCGACUCCAUUCGCAAAGCAGAAGUGUGGAUCGAAGUAGCAGUCGGUGACCAAGGAAGUAAUCCGAACACUGACGUCUCACCGGGCCCAAAGCCAGGAAUGAACCUGCAGCCGAGAAUAGCGAGAAUAACAACCCCCCAGCUUGAACAGGCGAUUCAAUUCAGUUACAAUGAGUCAACUCCCAUCGAAAACCGUGUCGAUGAAGCGCUAGCGAACGAUGAGAUACCUGAGAGGCAGUCGGAACCAGAACUAGUAGUCCACCAACGAUUUGGCCAUGCUUCUCAUGGCCAAUGGAAGAAGGAAGAACUCGGUUGGCUGGGAGCAGGGAAGACCAUUCUACAGAUUUACAAGCUGAAGAAAACCAGAGGUGCACCAACUGGUGCGGCACGGUCGAGAGGUUGGAGGGUCGAUUGA